AUGCCUAAAUUUCAGGCGCUCACCUUGGCAGCUCUCAGCUGCCUGCAUGCGACAACUGCAUCAGCCUACCCACGUCAGGAUGGCAGUUUGCGCACAGAAUACGAUUAUAUCAUUGUUGGUGCAGGUGCUUCAGGCCUCACUGUAGCCAACCGCCUUUCGGAGGAUCCUGCUGUGACUGUCCUCGUGAUUGAAGCUGGUGAUUUCGAUAAGAAUGAAGACAUCGUGACAAUCCCAGGCCUCGCUGGUGGUGCUGUCGGCACAAAGUACGACUGGAAUCUCACCUAUCCUUCCACUACUUCUCUCAAUGGGCGCAACGUCUCAAUUCCUUUGGGCAAGGUUGUUGGAGGCUCGACCAAGCUUAACCGCAUGGUCUAUGAUCGUGGUUCCAAGGCAGACUACGAUCGCUGGGCUGAGUUGGGUAAUAGUGAUUGGCAGUGGGAUACACUGCUUCCUUACUUCAAAAAGAAUGAGAAGUUCACUGGACCAAAUGCCGAUAUCAAGAAGGAGUAUGGCAUCACCACGGACCCUUCUGCGCAUGGCUCUUCGGGCUUCAUUCACACCAGCUACUCGCCUUUCUUCUGGCCCACGACGAAGAAUCUUGUCAAGGCCACUAGGGAGCUUGACAUCAGCGUCGCUUACGACCAAGCCAAUGGCGGCGCAAUUGGAGGAUACUUCUGCCCUCACAACCUCAACCCCAAGACCGUUGUUCGCUCCUCUGCACAGGACUACUACAGUGCCGUCUCUCAGCGCAAGAACCUCCAGCUUCUUCCAGGCAACCAAGUUACUCGCAUUCUCACUAGUAAGAACGGAAGUUCCGUGAAGGCUACUGGUGUCGAGUUUGCAAAGAACAAGAGCAGCGCCAAGAACACCGUCAAGGCGAAGAAGGAGGUCAUCCUUGCGGCUGGAGCCAUUCACACUCCUCAGAUCCUGCAGGUCUCUGGUAUUGGUGACUCGGCUCUUCUCUCCAGCAUUGACGUCCCUGUCGUUGUUGAUCUCCCCGCUGUUGGUCAGAACUUCCACGAUCACGUUUUGCUCGCUGUUGUGGGCACAGGCAAGUCAAGCGCUUUUAUUAAACGACUAUCAGAAGCUAAAUUGUGGUUAGUCAAUGCUCCUAUCCAAACCGGCAACCUUACUGGCAACGCCACUUUCGCUGCUCAGGCGCGCGCUGAAUACGACCAGCAAAAGAAGGGACCUUAUUCUUCACCCACUGGUGACUUCCUUCUCUUCCUCCCUCUUUCCAACGCCACAAGCUCCGCCUCGGAUAUUCACAAGCAGGCCGCUAGCCAGGACGGUUCCAAGUUCCUCCCCUCAGGUACACCCGCCGAGGUCGUCAAGGGCUACAAGAAGCAGCAAAAGGUCCUCAACGACAAGCUUCUUGAUACCAAGUCAGCCAUUCUGGAGGUUAUCUGGGCCGAUGGAACUUCAGUCCUUGGUCUCCAGCACCCCUACUCUCGAGGCUCUGUCAAGGCCAAGUCUUCCAACAUCUUCGACUCUCCCGAUGCCAACCCCGAGUUCCUCAAGAACCCUCUCGAUAUCGCCAUUCUCACCGAGGGUGUCAAGUUUGUUCGAAAGCUGUCUGGUGCACCCUCAAUCAAGUCCCUGAACCCCUUCGAGAUUGUGCCAGGAGCCAACGUCACAAGUGACAGUGACAUCGAACAGUUCAUCCGCAACAGCGCAUCAACUCUGUUCCAUCCCGCAGGCUCUUGCAAGCUUGGUAGCCGCAGUGAUGGUGGUGUAGUUGAUGAGAAGCUCAGAGUCUACGGCAUUAAGGGUCUUCGUAUCGUCGAUGCCAGUGUCAUUCCUUUGCUUCCUGCCACGCAUACAAUGACGACUGUUUAUGCUGUUGCUGAGAAGGCUGCCGACUUGAUCAAGCGUGGUUAA